AUGCUCUUCAAGGUGGUUUUGGUGCUGAUGUGCUUCCAGAUCAAGCCAAAGAGUGCAAGGUUGAAGUUUGACUAUCGGUUUACCUCUUCGGUGGGCUUGUUUCCGAGUGUGUUUAACAUCGCUGAAGGAGCAGAUAUUUUCGUGAAUGCCACUUGUGGUCAAUAUGAAUCCGAGGUCUAUUGUACCCUGGCUGGACUCGAUAAACAACGCGAGCAAUGUGGAGUGUGCGAUGGAUCCAAACCAGCCAAGGCCCAUCACAUGGAACAGGCCUUGGAUGGCGAGGAGACCUGGUGGCAAUCCCCGUCACUGCAAUAUGGAUCCGAGUACAAUUUUGUGACCAUCACGGUCGAUUUGAAGAAGGUGUUCCAAGUUGCGUACAUUCUCAUCCAAUCUGGACCCUCGCCCAGACCCGGGAAUUGGAUCCUGGAGCGUUCCAUUAACGGCCAACAAUGGGCACCGUGGCAAUUUUUUGCCCUGAGCGAUGAAGAAUGUUGGCAUGCCUUUGGAGUUGAGCCUCGCAAAGGGAAGCCCAAAUACGAAUUUGACGAGGAAGUGAUUUGCACGUCCUACUUCUCGGGCUUGGAGCCUAAAGAGAACGGCGAGGUUCACAUCAGUUUAGUGAAUGGUCGUCCAGGAGCCUCAGGACCUUCGCAAACACUCUUGGACUUCACUCAGGCCCGAUUCAUUCGGGUUCGAUUGCAAAGAAUUCGCAUGACUUCCCGAGAUCAACGGACCACAUUCGAUUUCUUGGAUGACAUGAGUUUGCGCAGGUACUUCUACAGUAUCCGCGAUAUCACCAUUGGAGGUCAAUGCCCUUGCAAUGGACAUGCUAGCGAAUGUCCUGUCAACCAAUCCACUAUGGAUUAUCAAUGUAAAUGUGAACACAACACGUGCUGCGCCCUUUGCGAUCAAUGUUGUCCAAUGUAUAAUCAAAAGAGAUGGAGGCCCGGGAAAUUCAUCAUGGGUAAUGAAUGCGAGAUGUGCCAAUGCUUCGGACAUGCCGACGAAUGCUUCUUUGAUCCUCAAGUUGAGGCCGAGAGAAGAAGUUUCGAUACUGACGGCAAAUUAGAGGGCGGGGGCGUGUGCAUGGGAUGCCGAGAUGACACCACCGGAGUGAAUUGUCACUUAUGCAAGGAAGGCUUUUUCCGACCAGCCGGGGUCAGCCGCUUCGACAAAAAGCCGUGCCAAAAAUGUACUUGCGACACGUUUGGCACCACCGGAGCUUGUUAUCCCGAUGGAAGCAAACGGGAUGAAGGACACGAGCCGGGACAUUGCAUCUGCAAGCCAGGAUACUCGGGAUCGUCAUGCACUGAGUGCGCCGAAGGAUUUCACGACUAUCCCAAAUGUGCUCCCUGUCCCUGCAGUUUGGCUGGCACGCUCAAUGGAGAAUGCGAUGGCGACUGCUUGUGUAAGGAGCAUGUCCAGGGGGUGCGGUGCGACCAAUGUCAACCAGGAUACUACGCCCUCCAUGAGGCCAAUGCCAAGGGAUGUCUAAAAUGUUUCUGCUAUGGAAUAUCCAGCGAGUGUGACGCAGCUGAGCUAGGAGUGGAGAAAAUUCAGCAUGCCGAAGGCUGGGUCGCCUCAGAUUUGAGAGGAACCUUGCGGGUCGAACCAUUUUGGUCGACCAUGACCAGCGGGAUCACCAUAGCCGAUGAGGAAAUGCACGAUGCCGACACUUACUUUUGGCAAGCCCCGAAGGCAUACAUUGGGAAUAAGUUGAUCAGCUAUGGCCAAAUCAUUCGAGUCUCAACUUCAUGGCAUAGAGGCCGAGGUGAUACGUCGGGCUAUUUUACCAAAGGCCCAGACCUGAUUCUUCAAGGUGCUGGAAUGUUGAUUGCUUGUGGGUUUGCCGAUUAUCCCAAUACCGAGAAUACCACAUUGGAGGUUAACCUAGUGGAAGAGGAGUGGUACCACAUCCCAGAAGCCAUUCAAAACAUUCCAGCCUCUGAUUUCCGGAAUGAACCUUCGUCCUUUAUUGGCCGACGCGUCUUUAAGGACGACUUUAUGAAGGUCCUUGGGGGACUACAGAGGCUUCUGGUUCGGGCCAAAUUCCACACUGACCAACUGGAGGGAACAACCAUCGACUUACCUCCAAUAAAAUUGAAUUGCUUCCAUAAAUCUAGGCUACACACCGCUGCGCUCGAGAUUGGAUCACAGAAGUCGUCGAAUCUUCGCAAAACUUGGGCCGUAGAAUCUUGCACUUGUCCCUUGGGCUAUGAGGGCUUAUCCUGUGAGAAAUGUUCCUACGGAUAUACGCGCGUCAACAACACACUCUUUGCUGGGGAAUGCCGGAAAUGUAACUGUAAUGGCCACUCAGCUUCUUGCGAUCCAUUUACUUUACAAUGCGAGGAAUGCCUCCACAACACGGAGGGCGUGAAUUGUGAAAAAUGCAAAGUGGGAUUCUAUGGAAACCCAGUGAAUGGGUCUCCAACGGAUUGCAAGCCUUGCAAAUGUCCUUUGGAAAUUGAAUCCAAUAACUUCAGCCCUUCCUGUGUGACCGCCACCUUGGACUACGAUCGAUAUUCAAUUGCGCCUGAGGAAUACAUUUGCACGGACUGCCCCAAAGGCUAUGCUGGAUCUCAUUGUGAAAGGUGUGCCAAUGGAUACUUCGGCAAUCCGUUGAAGGUUGGCGAAUUCUGUCAACCUUGUGAUUGCAGUGGAAACGUCAAUUUGUUUGCUCCUAAUUGGUGUGAUCACAGGACCGGCGAAUGCUUGGGUUGCCUUGGAAAUACGGGCGGUUGGAAAUGCAACGAGUGCCUGCCUGGUCAUUGGGGAGAUCCGUUCAAUGGCCAAUGUCAUGCUUGUAAUUGCAACGAAUUUGGUUCCAAACACUCGAAUUGCAAUUUGCUGACCGGUCAAUGCGAGUGUAAGGACAAAUAUGUCGGUCGGACUUGUUCCCAAUGCAAGGACGGAUUCGGGAACAUCAAAGCCGGAUGUCGCCAUUGCAAUUGUCAUCCCAUCGGAUCCGAAUCGGAUGGCUGUGAUGCAGAUAGCGGGCAAUGCCGAUGCCACGAAGGCAUCACGGGUUUGACCUGCGACUCUUGUCUAGCCAACCAUUAUGGGUUUUCACGAACCGGUUGUCAAAAUUGUAACUGCCAUCCCCAAGGAUCAAAGGCUUCGCAGUGCGAUUUAAGGACAGGAUCUUGCUCUUGUUACGAUCACGUUGUCAAUCGGGAAUGCUACCAAUGCCGAUAUGGUUAUUGGAACAUUAAUUCGGGUCAGGGUUGCGAAAAGUGUGCCUGCGACCCCAUGGGCUCCAAAGACAAUGAUUGCCACGACAUCACCGGAGCUUGCAAAUGUAAACAAGGGGUGGGUGGAACACGAUGUGCAGAGUGCCAAGAGGGAUAUUGGGGGAUUUCCUCAUCGGGAUGCAUCAAAUGCGAGCCUUGUUCCAAACCAGGGCAUAUUUGCGAUCCUGACACGGGGCGUUGUAUUUGUCCCCCCUUGACUGAAGGAGCAAGUUGUGAGACGUGCCAAUUGGGAACAUGGGAUUAUGACUCCUAUAAAGGCUGCAAAUAUUGCCAAUGCCACACACAAGGAUCCAUUUCCACGCAAUGUGAGCCUUUAACGGGUCAAUGUAAAUGCUUGCAAGGAUUCACUGGUCCAAAAUGCGAUCAAUGUCGCCCAGGGUUCUACAAUUUCCCACAUUGCCGACCAUGCAAUUGCGAUCCAGCUGGAACAAGGAAUGAUCAAUGCGCUGAGGAUGGAUCAUGCCGAUGUGAUAUGAAUGGCACGUGUAAAUCCAACCAUGCUUUGUUUCUGAGAAUAAAAAAAGUAAUCAUAACUCGUGGGCAGGAAAAUGUGGAGGGCAAGAAAUGUGCCUCUUGCCGACGAGGAACAUACGGAUUGUCCAAUCAGAAUCCCGAAGGUUGUUUCCAAUGCUUUUGCUUUGGACGAUCGAACCUUUGUGAGCAAGCCCCCUUUCAAUGGACCCAGUUGACAUUCUUCCAAGGCCGCAAUUUGAUCGUGACUCGUGGUCAAACGCAACUGAAUCAGACCCACGGUCUUUUGGAACUACCCAAACAAAGAGGGGACAUCAAAAUUGGAGUGGAGAGCCUUUUCACGACCCCACUUUAUUGGAGGCUACCGGACCUCUUCAAUGGCGACAAGAUUUUGUCGUACAAUGGCUUUUUGAGGUUUUCCACGGCUAGCAAUGGGCCCAUUCCUUAUUCACCGGGGGUCCUAGAUGAAUACCCACUGGUUCAAAUCAUUGGUAACUCUCAAGUGGUUUUGGAACACUUUCCCAGAAAAAUGAGCUCCUCUGGGAGUUAUGAAGUUCGCAUGCACGAGGAUGAAUGGGUUGUCAAGGAAACCCAAAGACCAGCCACACGUGAGAUGAUUAUGGUGGCCUUGCAAGACGUGCAAAAGAUCCUGAUCCGCUCCAGUGAUGCCAUGGAGUCCACCAAGACCCAAUUGAAAUAUGCCACGCUCGACGUGGCCAAGAACAUUCAAUCCGAAAGUCUGAGACCGGCUGUGGGUGUGGAAAUGUGUCAAUGCCCUCCCGAGUAUCAAUCCUCGAGUUGUCAAGAUCCUGGACGGGGAUUCUAUCGAUUAUACGAAAGCCACUUCAUCACCUCCGAAACAAUGAUCCGUCUUAUUGGAAGGGCCCAAAAGUGUAACUGUAAUGGGAGAGCCGAUCAAUGUCAUCCUCAUACAGGACAUUGCAUUGCAUGCCAACAAAAUACCGCAGGCCCACAUUGCAACACAUGCGCUAUGGGACAUUAUGGUGAUCCCGAAUCAGGAAUCCCAUGUCUCCCGUGUCGAUGUCCUACAGCUUACAAGAACUUUGCACAGACAUGCUCGCUAAAUCCAGUGAAGCAAUUCAACUGCGUUUGCCGAGAAGGCUACACCGGUCCCCAAUGCGAUCGCUGUGAAGAAGGCUACUACGGCCAACCCAUGGCGAGAAGCGGCCAAUGUCAGCCUUGCAGUUGCCAUCCAUUGGGCAGUCGAUCGGACCAAUGCGAUGAUCUUACCGGCCAAUGCCAAUGCAUGCCGGGUGUGACUGGUCGGGAUUGUUCCCAAUGCUCUGCUCGACACAUUCUGACCAAGUCCAAGACCUGUCAUGAUUGUAACGACAUGUGCACUGGGACUUUGUUGAAUGAGGUCUUGAACAUGGCCAAUUACUUCAAUCAUUCCAACGCGCUCAACAUCGAUCCCACGCCCGAUUUGACCUUGAAAAGGUUCGAUCAGCGAACCCAAAUAUUGCAGAAAGAGAUCAAGUCGUUUGCGGAUAGGGCCUCUCAUGUUCGAAAUCUGGAAUCCAUGGGGGAUUUCCUGAAACCUCAAGCCGAUUUGUCGUCGUUGGAGGCCAUUAAACUGCAGAAACUGUUGUCUGUGCAAACGAAGCGGGUCAAGCAAAGCUCUCUGGACAUGUCUGUUUUUAAAGACCAAGUCACUCAGGUGCAAAUUGAUGUCGAAGAUAUCAUCCGUCAUUUGAGGAAUUACGCGAUUGGCGAAUCCGCCGAUAUCAAAUUGAGGCCCGCUUUAGAAGAGGCCAGGAACAUGUUACGAUCCAUUCAACGACGCGAUCCAUCUCCUUAUGAUAUCAUGGUUCGAACUGAACUGAGCCGAGCUAGACAGACUUUGAGUCAGAUCAAAGGGAUCUUGUAUGAGAGAGAUCUAGCGUUGAAGCUGAAAGAAAGGAUUCUCUUGGGAGAAGCGAAGAUUAAUGAUCUCCUCAAGUUCAUGGACAUUGCAUUAGUGAACUUGAAAAAGAGUUUCACCUUUAAUUACCGGCAAAACUCGACCCUGAACCAAGUCAUGGGCCAGGUCGACCAGAUUCAGUACUCGAAGCAGUCCUCCGAGAAUCAUCUGAAGCGUGGGAUCAAACUCUCUCGGGAAAGCAAGGUCAUCCUGCAGGGCCUUCUCAGCCAUUUGGAUCAAAUGAAAACCAUGUUCCAACGAAUCGACUACUCGGGGCCUGGAUGGAACAGCCAUCUCAACAGGGUCAAGGAUGACCUGAGGCAAUUGGGAUCACAAUUCGUCUAUCCAUGCCGAGAAAACGCCGAUAAGCUCAUGGUCUUUUCCAACGAGUUGAAGGACAUGUUCGAAAACACGGUGGAUGUAAGCAUGGGACCGACCUUAAAGGCCGCCAGAGCCUAUCAAACCAUCAUGAUGGCCAUGGAAAAGGCGAGAGAUGCCUCCUAUCGAGCCAUGAAUGCAGCCAUCAAAGCCGACGAUCAAACGGCCAUUUUGAAGCGGGAUCGAGUGGGUCAAAGUGCAGAGGCCUCGAGAGUCAGAUCCGAGGACUUGAGCCAAGAGGCCGAGGGAUUGCGACAGAAUUCGGUCGACAUGGGAUAUCGACUCCAAUGGAUCUUGAAGCAAUGGCAGGAGUACACGGCUUUGAUUGAGGACUACGGGAAAACGUUGGAACUCAUGCGUCGGGAUUUGGGACGGGUCACCUACGUGAGUGAUAAAGCCCAAGAGGCCGUACACAUGGCGGAUAACGCUUUGGGGGAUGUUGAACGGGUGGGAGAGGGCGUCACUCGGCUUCACUUUCACAUCACCAAAGACUUAUUCCGACGGGCCCAAGAGCUCAGCAGCUUUUCCGUGGCACAACUCAAUCAAAUUCCAAGCCAAUUGAAUAAUGCUGGUGAGGAUUUCCAACGGGUUGAGAAGCAAGCCACGUACCUCCACCAUCGAACCCGAGAUGUCGAGGAAUUAAGUGCGACCGUGAAUAAGCGGUUGGCUGAGCUCAAGAGAAAAGUUGUAAUGGCUCAGCAUGCGGCAUCUGGUGUCAAAAUUUCCAUUGCCAAUGAUUGGGAAGAGGCGACAGGGUGUGUUCGAUCGUUUCGAGUGAAUAUGUCGACGAGCACGACUACCGAAAUUAGCUUGUUCUUUGCCGUGGAUACGCCAGACCGUGAUGGGUUGUUGGUGUAUCUACCCAGUACCCAGCAUGAGGAUUUCAUGGCCAUCGAAAUGGUGGAUCGACGGAUCCGAUUCCUUUGGAACAAUGGGGCUGGCACACAAGUGAUUAGUCAUAACGUCACCAUUGAAACGUCCAACGACUUGGUUCGAGAUGAGCACGCUUGGUACAAAAUCACAGCUCAAAGAGUUGGCAAUAUAGGGCGGUUAAAUGUCAAAAAAGUUACGCCCAUUUUUGACGUGCCCGGCUAUCACCGUUGGAUCGUGGGGGAGUCUCCGCCCAACGCCCAAAUCUUAGACCUCCAGCCCACUGAUUUGCUUUACGUGGGCGGGGUUCCAGACGCAAUGCGAUCACAGAAACUUCGCUCAGAGGCCAAAUUCAACGGAGUCUUGUACGAAAUGUACGUGAACAACGAAAAAGUGGGCUUGUGGAAUUUCGUUACCACGCGAGGUUGCCUCGAGACUCACAUGGGAAUUUCCGACAAAGACGACGGAUCUGGAUGUUACACGUUCAACGGACAAGGUUACGCCACUCAAAAGGACAUUGGGAAUUAUGAUCCCAAAUAUUUGAGUUUGGCUUUUGAGUUCAAAACGUUUGACGCCCAUGCUACUCUCAUGCUCAUUCACAACCCAGUAAAUAAUCAAUACAUGGCUUUGACGAUCAAACAUGGGAAAGUCCAAUUACAAUUGGCCUAUGGGUCAGGCUCAACCUUGACCUUCGAGACCACGAAAACCUACAACAGUGGAGAUUGGGUGAAAGUGGAGGGGGCGCGGGCGAUUCGUAAUGACGCUGAGACGGGUGUCCUUCGUGUGACCUUCAACGGGAUCACUGAGGACCAGAUGAGCACCAUUGCCUUACCUGAUCCCGAGAUGACCUUUGACAUGACCGACUCAGUGGUUUACUUCGGCGGUGUACCACCCACUUACGACCCGACUUACAUUGACCUUCCUACCCGGAAUUUGUUGGGCAGUUUGCGGGCAAUCAGCUUGUCUAACCCCGAGUCCAAUGGCAUCUUGAACCCAUUCAAUUUUGAACGCUUCACAUACAGCCCCUUUCAUGGGGUUGAGUCCAAUUGUGAAAGAAAGGUCAUCAAAGUGGCCAGCUUCGAAGGUGACGGACACUUGGAAGUCCCCUCUCACGAUCUGAAGAAACAUUCGACAAUGAGUCUGACUUUUGCCACUCGAGAACCCAUUGGCCUUUUGCUUCUGUCGACCUUCCAAGGGCAAGAUGCAGGCCCCUCGGGCGAUUUCUAUUCGAUCGCCAUGGUGGAUGGAAAACUGGCCUUCAAAUUUGGGUCCACAUCCCGACCAAGAGAUCCACUGUCAUUCACAUCCAAUCUUGCCUACAACGAUGGACAAUUCCAUGCCAUCGUGAUCCACCGAAUGGACCAAACGUUGCGAAUAUUGGUUGACGAUCAAGAGAUCUCUCCGAAGGAUGGCCUGAGUCUGCAUCGAAGUAUCGGAACCAUUACGGGUCCACAACAAGGGGGCCUUUAUUUGGCAGGGGUUCCCAGUCUCUUGGAUUUUGCCAUAGAACAAGCUUCCAUGGCUCCCACCAUUCAAGGGUUUAGGGGAACGUUAAAAGACGUCCUUCUCUUGGAUCGAGAUUCGGUUCGAGUGGUGGCUCUGAACGAGCCAACAAGUUUUUCCAAGGCCGACAUCGGUCGCUACAUGACUUGGUUCGAGAACAAUAUUCGGAUGACCAAUUUUUGGCAUGUCAGACCCAGGCCAAAUGUGGCCAAUCAAAACUCCUCGAGUCAAGCCCUCCAUUGUCAGAAAGAUGAACGUGAACCGUUGAGUAAGCUCUUUGCCGCUCAGUUCAGUCGCUCGGUGGGCAGUUCCAUUACGGCUAGACUCCGUAGGGAGGAGAUCCAAAAGGAAUUCGACUUGUCGUUGUGGAUUCGAACUUUCGAUCAAGACGGACUCAUCAUGGCCUCCAUAACCAAAAAGAGUGCCUUGUACGUGUUCCUCCAAGACGGCGAAAUGAAGGUCAAAUACGUCCAAGAAAGCGGCCAAGAGUAUCAAAUGGAAGUCAAAGACAUCUUUGAUCACGGGAUUUGGAAGGAGAUUCGACUGUCCAAAAAGGACAACGCCCUGUCAUUAACCGUGGACAGUCGGACUUCGGUGACCAUCGAAGUACCAAAACGUCUUCACUUGGCCAAAACGGUAGCUUUUGGCGGAUCCAGCAGCCAAGAGGGCUUGGUGGCGGAUAUUCCUUACUUUAAUGGAUGCAUGAAAGACAUCAAGAUUUUAUCGCGUCGCCUCUAUCUGCACACGGAGACCAACAAGGCCCAUAACAUCUUCCCGUGUUCCAAGCGAGUGGAACGAGGCUUCCAUUUGAGUGAAAGUUUCAUGAGUUUCCCGCUCAAGCGAGAAAUCUUGGAAGUGGAUCUCAAGUUCUCGUUCAAACACAUCAAAGCAGGCAUGUUGGGCAUUCUUCAAAAGCGGGACCACAAUAUCACUCUGGAGAUUACACACGACAAGGUGAUCGCGACUUUGCAUGGGCUUCAGCAGCCUGUUGUUCUCCAAGAGAACGUGCCUCCUCCGUCGGAUUGUGGAACAGAUCCAUGGAACACGUUAACCAUCACCACAACAAACAAAGCAUUUGGAAUUCAGCUCAAUGACAAGGUGGGCAAGGCCACGCCUAUAAACACGUUUUGGAGUCCUGGGGGCGAAAUUUUCUUUGGAGGGGCACCUUUUAUAGAUACUGAGCAAUAUUUCUCGGGUUGCGUCAAACAAGUAUCCAUCAAUGACAACGUGAUCGAUGGCAACAAGUUCCUUCUGACAGAAAAUGUUCUUCGAGACUCGUGUCCAGUUUAAAAUUGGCCAAUAAUUAUGUUUGUAUUGCCAA